AUUAUCAAAAAGUUUUUCACUUAUAGAGUAAAACUAUUUGAUAGACUCGAUAAAUAAUUGGAUUGAAAAAAAAAAUGGGCAAACUAAUUUUUCUUUUGAUUGCAAGUUAUGUUUAUUUAUUUGUAGAAGCAAAUAUUGGAGAAAUUUAUUCAUUUGAAUCCAAUAACUACCCACAAUACCGCAUUGGAGUGAGAAGUGAUGCAACUGUUGGAAUUGCUUUAUACAGCGCUGAGGAAUAUCGCAUCGUUAGAGCAUUAAACGGACGAAGCGACUCAGUAUCUUUUCAAUCAGUUAAAGAAAGCAACAAGUACCUACGUCAUCAGGAUUUUAUUCUGAAGUUACAUCAGGUGGAUCUUUACUCCGACCUUUUCAAAAAUGAUGCAUCUUUCAUCAUUCGCCCUAAUAAGUAUUAUCCUGGCUAUAUUUCACUUGAGUCCACAAACUACCCGGGGUAUUUUCUUAGACAUCAAGGCUUUACAGUGAAGCUACAAAAAGAACAACCUCAAGAAGAACUUUACAGAAGAGAUGCAAGUUUUAGGCUUGUACAGCUAGGAAUUUCAUAUAUUGGACAACAAUAUUUACUUCAAUCCAAUAACUAUCUGCGAUAUCGAAUUGGAGUUCGAAGCGAUGAUACAGCAGCAAUUAUUUUAAAUUCCUUGGAUCAAUAUCGCGUUGUUAAAGCACUUAACGGGCGAGAAGACUCUGUUUCUCUUCAGUCGGUAAUUAAUGGUCUUAAGUACCUACGUCACCAAAAUUUUAUUCUUAAGCUUAACCAAGUAGAUCUUUAUUCAGAGCUUUUUAAAAAUGAUGCUUCUUUUAUUAUGCGUAAAAAUUAUUACUACCCAAACUACGUUUCUUUUGAGUCCACAAAUUAUCCUGGAUAUUUUCUGCGACAUCAAGACUUCACUAUAAAAUUACAGCAGGAACAACCGUUUGAUGAGCUUUUCAAAAAAGAUGCUAGCUUUUCGCUUUUAUCAAUUAGUUCAAUUUUAAUGGAAUUAUAUUGAUUAGAAUUUG